AUGAGGAUCACAGCUCUCUUCCCACUGGCUUGUGCCAUUGUGGGGUUCGUCCUCUCUAUGCUCUGUCUCUUUGCGGGGAGCAAGAAGAGCUUUAUGGAAGAAUACAACAUUAUCACACUCAACACAUCGACACUCGGCCACAAUAUCCUUGGAUCAGACGACCCAAGUCCCACAACGACUGCAUCUGCCGCAGCAGCAACAGCUACUUCAACCGCCGACAAGAUCGGAGAUUGGUUCACGGAUAUCAAGGAAAAUGUCACGGAUACAAUCGAAAAUGAGUUCAACGAGCUGGUGGCAGACGUCGCGGAUAAGCUGGCGCAAGAACUUGGCAUUCGACAAUGGUACAGCUUGCAUUUGCUGGACAUGUGCGAGGGAUACUACAAGCCCAAUGCCACUGCCAAAGGCGCAAGCAAGAACGUAACAUACUGCUCCAACAAGACUGCAAUGUAUGAUUUCGAUCUCAACAAAGUCCUCAACCAACAACUCGAAGUCGGUCCCCUCAAGAUCAAUCUCUCUGAUAUCAACUGGCCCGACGACAUCCAAAACGGCCUCGACACUCUCAACGUCGCCUUCAACGCCGUCUUCAUCCUCUACGCCAUCGGCAUCGCCGCUGCAGGAAUCGCCAUCAUUGCCUCCCUCGUCGCCUUCUUCAUGCACGGCUCCCGACUCAUCUCCUUCGGAAACUGGAGUCUCGCAUCACUCAGCUUCCUCAGUCUGCUGGUCGCCUCUUCACUCGUCACAUACGUCAUGACGAGAGCCGUGCAUAUCAUUAACAAGUAUGGCAACGAUGUCGGCGCGUAUGCGUACAAGGGGACCAAGUACCUGAUUAUUACGUGGGUUGCGGUGGCGGUUAUGUUUUUGGCGGCGACGGCGUGGGUGGUGGAGUUCUUUAUUGGGAAGAGGAAGGAGAGGAGGGAGUAUACGGAAAAGACGCAUAGGUCGAGGGGGUGGGGGAGGUCGAGGAAGAGUGAUGAGGCACAUUUGAGGAGAGCGGGUGUUUGA